CAUUAUUAUAAUACACUCUGUCAUUAAUUCGUCUUUUUCGAAUAUGGCUUUUGUGACUUCUCCAUGGCUUCUGGGUUUGGCUUCUCUGGUUUUAGCUUCCCUUCUUUAUCGCCUUCUCAACCUCUUCCGGCGGCCUUCUCUUUCUCUUCCUCCCGGUCCUAAACCCUGGCCCAUCGUCGGGAACAUGCCUCACUUGGGACCUGUGCCUCACCAUGCUUUGGCCGAUUUGGCUCGGAGUUAUGGUCCUCUCAUGCACCUCCGCCUUGGCUUCGUCGACGUCGUCGUGGUGGCUUCGGCUUCUGUCGCCGAGCAGAUCUUGAAGGUUCACGACGCCAACUUCUCCAGCCGACCUCCCAACGCCGGAGCCAAGUACAUGGGUUAUAACUAUCAAGACCUCGUGUUCGCUCCCUACGGCCCACGGUGGCGCAAGCUCCGAAAAAUCUCCGCUGUUCAUCUCUUCUCCGGCAAGGCCUUGGAAGAUUUCAGACAUCUUCGUCAGGAAGAGGUGGGAAGACUGACGCGUAAUCUCGCGAGUGCCGCCUCACAAGUGGUGAACUUAGGGCAGUUGCUGAAUGUGUGCACCACCAACGCACUCGCAAGGGCAGUUUUAGGACGGCGCGUGUUCGACGACGGUGCUGCCGGAUGUGAUCCCAGGGCGGAUGAGUUCAAGUCGAUGGUGGUUGAGAUGAUGGUGCUGGCCGGAGUUUUCAACAUCGGCGACUUCAUUCCGGCGUUGGAAUGGCUGGACCUUCAAGGAGUUCAAGGCAAGAUGAAGAAACUGCACAAAAGAUUCGAUGCCUUCUUGACGAACAUCAUCGAAGAACACAAGGUUUCUCAGAACGAGGACCACAGGCACUUGUUGAGCACAUUGCUUUCUCUUAAGGAGGCUCAAGAUGAUGAGGGAACCAAGCUCACUGACGUUGAGAUCAAAGCAUUACUUCUGAACAUGUUUGCGGCCGGUACUGACACGUCAUCAAGCACCACGGAGUGGGCCAUAGCCGAGUUGAUCCGAAACCCGACCAUGUUGGCCCGAGUCCAACAGGAAUUGGACUCCAUAGUGGGCCAGGACCGGCUGGUGAAUGAGUUGGACUUGCCCAACCUGCCAUAUUUACAAGCCUUUAUAAAAGAAACAUUCCGUCUUCAUCCACCCACUCCUCUCUCACUGCCAAGAGUCGCGGCUGAGAGCUGUGAGAUAUUCGGAUACCACAUCCCUAAGGGGGCCACUCUCCUGCUCAAUGUUUGGGCCAUAGCCCGUGACCCUAAGGAGUGGUCCGACCCGUUGGUGUUCAGGCCUGAGAGGUUCUUGCCGGGCGGGGAGAAGGCUGGUGUGGACGUUCGGGGCAAUGACUUUGAGGUGAUUCCAUUCGGUGGUGGACGGAGGAUAUGUGCUGGCAUGAACCUUGGGCUUCGAGUGGUCCAGCUUCUGACUGCAACUCUGGCCCAGGCUUUUGAUUGGGAGCUUGCCGAUGGUCUCAGCCCACAAAAGCUUAACAUGGACGAGGCUUAUGGGCUUACCCUCCAACGGAAGGUCCCUCUGUUGGCCCAGCCAAAGCCCAGGCUUGCACCACACCUGUACUCACAGUCUCCCUAAAGAUAAUAGGAUUCCAGAUUUGUAUGUCCUUAUGCUUUCUUCUGUAUUUGCAUUCAAUGGUUGAAAUUUGUUAUAUUAUUUGAAUAAUUCUUUUUCACGUGCCAAUGGCAUUAGAGAAGAGAAGCCAAACUGUAAUCUUUUAUUCUUUCUCCAAUUUAUUCAUUGUAAUUUCUUUUUUAA